AAAACUAUAUAUAUUUACGUUCUGGGUUAUUGAAAUAAGAGUAUAUGAUGAGGAGACAUUCUAAAGCCUAGAAAAGAAAAGACAAAAAAAGAAUUGAUUAGAGGAAAGGUAAUACUUAAGUUUCAUAAAAAUUAUUUAAACCUAGAUUAAAUAUAUUCUACAAGACUAUAUAUUUCCAAGAAAAAAAAAAAAAAAGACGAAAAAAUCAGCUACUUAAACUAAAAUUUAUAAAAACUUAAAAAUGAUAAUUUAAGCUAAUUGAUGGACAAAUAAUGUAUAGUUGGUAGUCAUGUGCUUCUUGCUCAUUCUUUAGGGACUUGGUUGGAGUUUUAUUUAUGCCAGAAGAAAAGUCUCUCUUUCGAUUGCUAUUGGCAUAAUAUUUUACUUGGGUUUUACACUAUUCAAGCAGUAUAAUGAGUUAAUGACUAUAAGAAUAAGUAAUACUUAAAUAUCAUAAAUUUUAUGAAACUUAUCUUAGAUUGAAAAUUCAGGAUAAAAAUAUACUUAUGUAUUAUCGGAAAAUCAGCAACCUUAAUUAAUGUGUUUUAUACAUGAUAAUUUAAGUUAAAUUUCUUAAUUCAAGCAAUGGAUAAAUACCUUGUAAUUGGCAGCUUUGUGCUUAUUUUACAUAUUUUAGAGGCUCUAUUCAAGUUUCAUUUAAUCGGUUGCUUCAGCGCGCGUAAGUCGGAACGGUAUCCAUUUUCAUAUGAAGUUAUUACACAGAAAAAUUCCACUUAAAAACCUUUCUUCUCUGGCAGCGAAAAAUUCAUACCCAAAUGUCAAAACCUGCAUCGAUGCUCGUAUUGUUAAAACGGGUUUCGAUCCAAGCACAUCUCGCUCCAAUUACCAGAUCAUGGAUCUUGUUCAGACUGGCCAGUUAUCUGAAGCACGCGAACUGUUCGAUCAAAUGCCUUAUAGAAACACCAUUUCAUCAAACGUGAUGAUUUCGGGCUACUUGAAAGAAGGAAAACUCUCUAUAGCUAAAGAAAUUUUUGAUAGCAUGGUGGAACGUAAUGCUGUGACGUAUACACUUUUGAUUGGCGGGUACUCGAAGAGUGAUCAAUUUAUAGAAGCGUUUAAGCUUUUUGUUCGCAUGUGUAGGAGUGGGACGAAGCCUGAUUAUGUGACAUUUGUAACUCUUUUAUCAGGAUGCAAUGACCCCAAAAUGAUAAAAGGAUUAUUUCAAGUUCAUUCCCAUGUCGUUAAAUUGGGACAUGAUUCAGCAGUUAUUAUUUGCAAUUCAUUGAUUGAUUCUUACUGCAAAAUGCAUUGUGUAGAUUUAGCUAGUCAGUUAUAUAAGGAAAUGCCUCAAAGGGAUUCCGUUACUUAUAAUGCAUUGAUCGCAGGAUAUGCAAAUGAAGGGUUUAACAAAGAAGCAAUAAAGCUUUUCAUGGAGAUGCGAGAUUUGGGAUUUGAGACUUCAGAUUUUACUUUCCAAGCUGUUUUAUAUGCUGGUAUUGGGUUGGAUGAUAUAGCAUUUGGGCAACAAAUCCAUGGUUAUGCUGUGAAGACCACUCUUAUAUGGAAUGUGUUUGUGGGGAAUGCCUUGCUUGAUUUCUACUCAAAGCAUGAUUGUCUAGUUGAAGCUAGGAAACUUUUUUAUAAGAUGCCAGAAUUAGAUGGUGUUUCUUAUAAUAUGAUGAUCACAGCUUAUGCUUGGACUGGACUAAUCAAAGAAUCUAUUAAUCUUUUCCGGAAGCUACAGUUUACAAAAUAUGAUAGGAGGAAUUUCCCUUUUGCAACCAUGUUGAGUUUAGCAGCAAAUAUGUUAGACUUGCAAAUGGGCCGGCAACUCCAUUCCCAAGCCAUCGUGACCACAGCUGAUUCAGAGGUUCUUGUAGCAAAUGCCUUGGUUGACAUGUAUGCGAAAUGUAGAAGACCUGAGGAGGCUGAAAGGAUAUUUGUGAAACUGAGCAGUAGAUGCACGGUUCCAUGGACAGCUAUGAUUUCUGCUAACGUUCAAAAUGGACAUUUUGAAGAAAGUCUAAAAUUGUUCAGUGAGAUGCGUAGGGAUAAUGUAACUGCUGACCAGGCUACUUUUGCUAGCGUCUUAAAGGCCUCUGCAAAUUUGGCUUCAAUUUCAUUGGGGAAACAGCUACAUUCCUACAUAAUCAGAUCAGGGUUUAUGUCAAGUAUUUAUGCCGGAAGUGCACUUGUCGAUAUGUAUGCCAAAUGCGGAUCUUUAAAAGAUGCAAUUCAAAUUUUCAAAGAGAUGCCUGAAAGGAAUGUGGUUUCCUGGAAUGCACUGAUAUCAGCUUAUGCUUCAAAUGGGGAUGGUGAGGCCACUCUUAAAUUAUUUGAGGAGAUGGUUCUGCUAGGUUACCAACCAGAUUCAGUAAGCUUCCUUUGUGUUUUUACAGCUUGCAGCCACUGGGGACUGGUUGAAGAAGGAUUAAGAUACUUUAAUUCCAUGACUAAAGUUUAUAAACUUGUCCCAAAGAGGGAACACUAUGCAUCUAUAGUUGAUGUUUUAUGCAGGAGCGGAAAAUUCGACAAAGCAGAGAAGUUGAUAGCUGAAAUGCCAUUUGAUCCUGAUGAGAUUAUGUGGUCAUCAAUUUUGAACUCAUGCAGGAUUCAUAAAAACCAAGAUUUGGCCAAGAGAGCAGCAGAACAACUCUUCAAUAUGGAGGUGCUUAGGGAUGCUGCCCCAUAUGUUACCAUGUCUAACAUCCUUGCAGAAGCAGGUCAGUGGGAAAGCGUUGGGAAGGUAAAGAAAGCGAUGAGGGAGCGUGGACUUACCAAGGUUCCAGCCUAUAGCUGGGUUGAAAUUAAACAUAAAGUUCACAUAUUCUGCGCAAAUGAUAAGAAUCAUCCGCAGAUGAAGGAGAUCAUACUAAAAAUCGAUAUUUUAUCGGAGCAAAUGGAAAAGGAAGGAUAUGUACCUGAUACAAGUUGUGCUCUUCACAAUGAGGAUGAGGAUAUUAAAGUUGAGUCCCUUAAAUAUCAUAGCGAACGCUUAGCAAUUGCUUUUGCGCUUAUCAGUACACCAGAGGGAUCACCAAUUCUGGUGAUGAAGAACUUGCGAGCUUGCACAGACUGCCAUGCUGCAAUCAAGGUUAUCUCAAAAAUUGUCGGAAGAGAGAUUACAGUUAGGGAUUCAAGCAGGUUUCAUCAUUUUAAAGAUGGGAUUUGCUCUUGUAGGGAUUACUGGUAGUAGGUUAGAAGACUUAUUUAAGUUUUAUUUCCCUUGUCUUGUAAAGUAGAAAUUUUUUAGGGGUAAUCAUUUUCCCAAUUCAAGAAUACAUAGAAACUCAACUUAUAUCAAAA